UAAUACCUAGCCAUCUGAUGUGUGUGUGUGUGUGUGUGUGUGUGUGUAUGUUUAAUGUGUCUCUUGAUUUUAAUCACAGAAAAUAAAAUGGGAAAUCCCUGAAACUCUAGUGUCCCUUUUGCCGGAACACUGACAAAGCAUAUACCCAAAUUUGCUUUCAAAACUUCAGUUUUAUACCUCCCUCAAAAUUGUUGAUAAUAGCUGUUUAGUUAUAUGCCCAACAUAGAAUUCAUCAAAAAUUGUCAAUUUGAAAAAUAAAGAAAAAGCAUAAAAAAGCAGAAGCAAUUGUAUAUCCAAUAUAAACUAUACUAACUUUCAAUAUGCAAGUAAACGUGAAAAUGACCAAUGCUUCUCUGUUGUUUUGACAGUGAAUAAGAUGAUUUCAACAGUAGUCUUUUCAAAAUCUGUUUGUGACAUGAGUAAUUCGUUUUGUGUUUCAACUUCACAGGAAUUUCCCCUUGAACUGGACUUGGGAGUUCAACUGAAUAAAUUAUUUCUGGGCUUUUGAAUUAUUAAUCUUGUCUGCAUGGUAUGCAAAUUAGGCUUCACUAUGUCCAUCGGCACAGUCUUGGGUUAGAAGCUGUAUCAGGUUGCAGGCAAAGACUUUCCGUCAAGGGAUCAGGGCCUUCCAACAGAAUGGCAUGGAAUGAAACUUGCCAAAAUUGGCUGGCAGCAGAGAUUUCCCUGGAAAAGUACUACCUUUCCAUUUUUUAUGGGAUCGAGUUUGUUGUGGGAGUCCUGGCAAAUACAACUGUUGUGUUUGGCUACCUCUUCUGUCUGAAGAACUGGAAUAGCAGUAACAUUUAUCUCUUUAACCUCUCUAUCUCAGACUUGGCUUUUUUGUGCACCCUCCCCAUGCUGAUAAGAAGUUAUUCUCAAGGAAAGUGGACAUAUGGGGAUGUGCUCUGCAUAAGCAACCGAUAUGUGCUUCAUGCCAACCUCUACACGAGCAUCCUUUUUCUGACUUUUAUCAGCGUUGAUCGAUACCUGCUCAUGAAGCAUCCUUUCCGAGAACACUUUCUGCAAAAGAAAGAGUUCGCUGUUUUAAUCUCUUUGGGUAUUUGGGUUUUAGUAACCCUAGAGCUCCUGCCCAUACUUUCUCUUAUACAUCCAAAUAUAGCUGUCAAUGGCACCAACUGUAUUGAUUAUGCAAGCUCUGGGGACCCCAAAUACAACCUCGUUUAUAGCAUGUGUCUAACCUUCUUGGGAUUCCUCAUUCCUCUUUUGGUGAUGUGCUUCUUUUAUUUCAAGAUUGCUCUGUUCUUAAAGCAGAGGAGCAUACAGCUUGCUACUGCUUUGCCCCUUGAAAAGCCCCUCACGUUAGUCAUCAUGGCAGUUGUGAUCUUCUCCGUGCUUUUUACUCCCUACCACAUCAUGCGGAAUGUGAGGAUUGCUUCACGCCUGGGAAAGUGGAAGCAGUCCCGCUGUGCUCAGGCCACCAUCAACUCCUUAUACAUUGUGACUCGGCCUUUGGCCUUUCUGAACAGCACCGUCAACCCUGUCUUCUACUUCCUCAUGGGAGAUCACUUCAGGGAGAUGUUGAUGAGCAAGCUGAGGCACCAAUUCAAAUCCCUGACAUCCUUUAGAAGAUGAAGUCAUGGACUGAUGUUUCCAUUCAGGGAAAAGUGAGAUGCUUGUGUAACACACAGUUUUGCAUGUGCAGAUGUAGGCCAAUUAGAAUUUGAUUUAACUCAUAGACGUAAAUCAGAGAAGCAAAGACUUGACACUCUUUUAAAGACAUGCUGUGCCCGGAGUCUGUGAAAAGAAGAGGAUGGGAAGUAUUUAUUGGUUUCUUCACCUAAGAAUUGAAAGGAACUGGACUGGCAUUGUCUAGUGCUUGAGCAUAUAAAUCCAAAACCCUAGAUGUUAUAAGACUUUCUCAACCAGUGUAAAAGAAAUAGAAGGUAGAUAAAGCAGCAAGUAGUCUGCAUUUAAUCAUCACCAGAUUGUGAAAAAAAAAAUAUGUUGGCAACAUUCUCUACGUUAUUCUUAUUCAUUUGAUCUUAUACCUUAAUGUGAAACCUGAAUAACAGAUUAAGCAGACACUAUUAGAGAUUAUUGUUAGAAAUUGUGGUGUUGAACAAAAUUUAAAGUCAACCAUAGCAACAAGCAAGAAAGCAAUGUAAUGAGUUCAAGGAUGUCUCUAUGUAUUUCUUUGUAUUGAUCAUGAGUUGGAGUCAAGUUGUAAUUAUAAGUCCUAUUUUGUUUCAUG